AUGAGGGUGAGGCCCCCGGGGUGCUCAGGGGCUCUGAGCAGACCACUGGGAGUCCUUCAAAGGACUGAGGUGAUUGGGAAGUCAGAAGCCUCCAGACUAGUUAGUUAUGGAACACCAACCUCCUGUUACCCAGGAGAAGAUGAAGACCUCCUAUCAAUUAAGGUCCAGAAAAAAUGUCGAGGUGAGCUGAACCCAGCCAAACUCCUCCUGCCCAUCGACCCCACCCCAAAAGACCCCCUCCCCUGUCCCUGCCUGGCACAUAACCCUUCUCUGCCCACACCCCUUCUCCUGAAGCCAUCGUUCCCACCCGUCUUCACCCUCUUCCCUAAACCAGUGCCAUUCUUUACUGCCUCUCUUGUUUUCUCCAGGUGGCCAGGGGAACCGUAA